CUCAAACUGCCCAAUCAGCGCUGUGUUUAUAGCGUGGUAGAUAUGACGGCCUCGUACAGUUUGUUGGUUGUCGUCUAUUAUUAAGUAUUCUCACCACUAAAUUCACCUCCUCCCUGCAACAGCGUACCACCUACCUACAGGCUAGACGAGGUCUAUCAACAGCUCGUCUUUACUUUAAGCUAUUUGUUGGAUUUCAUGUGAUGGACAUCCCACUUAAAUCCAGCGGCGAUGAACCAGGUGUUUUGAAGGAGAUUGACUGUUAUAUUUCUCCGGCUAUGCAGCGACAAAUUUUGUUGCUUUUGUAUAAAAACCGGGAAAAUUAUCGAACUUUGGACUCUGAAUCAAUUAAAGAUGUUCGUAUAAAACCAAACCUUGACCUUAUCGAGUUCAAUAUCAGGGAUGGACGGAGUUCUUUUGUUGAAUCUACCAGUGAUCAGACCGACACUUAUAUCUUGCGUUCCAACACUGUAACAUUCCCCAGGACAUUAAUUGGGUACUUUGUCAAUGAUGAAUGUCACUUUGUACCGCUUAACCGGGAUGUUUUGGUUUUGGAUACAUUGAAAGAAUCUAUUAGAGUGGAUAGGAUCAGCCAGAAUUCUGAUCCAUCAGCUUCAAGUAAUGUGGCACCUGCAGCAUUUGUGUCAGCUCGUCUCAGAACUGCUGAUGCAAACGCUCUUCGAGGUCCCAUGGCAAGUCGUCGUAAACCUGCAGAUAGUGACCCCGAUGUUAUAUUUCUCAGACAGCAAACCCAGGCUCCAUGGCGUCCAGUGCGGUACAAACGUUACAUUGUAAGUUCACCAUCCAGUAAUAUUUCCCAUAAUAUCUUAAUUGUCUCACUUCAGAAACUAAGUGUUGUAAACGACUGCUCACUUCGUCCACAGCUCUCAAUGUAGCUUGUGAUAAUCGUGAACGGAUUCGAAUAUCUUCAAUACCCGUAUUUAUCUCUUUCCCAGUUUUUGUUUAUUUAUCGUACGUUCUUUUAGGGCUUCUUCAUGCCGUGUAGCGGUAUGAACAUUGUUUUAUAUGUUUGAUAGGAGCAAUAAUAUAUGGAUGUUAUGAACAGCCUGUCUAUACCAUUUACAAAUUGCUUGACUAUCUUGAUACUGUCCACCUAUCCAAGCCAGGCAAUCAAAUUAGGGUGCUCUUUUUCAUUAGACUGCUAUAUCACAAUCUUUCUGGGUACCCUUGUUCUUAUGAAGUUGUUACAUAUAAAGCAGGGUAGUCAUGAAUCACUGGUCCAGAUACUCUACUUUCAGCCGUGUAGUCAUUGGUUUGACUGCCGCUUCACAUACCAAGGCUUGGACAACCACCUAGUGCGAUUGGAGUGGCUCACUGUUUAGUGCACACUACUGCAUAUGGUCCUUAAGUAACGUUUUUUAAAUUGAUCUGUAGUCGUUCAGUAUUGGGAUCACUAAUCUGUUCAAGAAGAUUCAAUGGUUAAAAUAGUGUCUAGCUAGUGUCUUAUCUUCCAGUAGGUAAAUCAGUUAGUUUCAGUUUGAAGUCUAGUCAGAUGGGGGAAAGAGAUUGCAAAAUCUAUUUACUGGAUGGUGGUCCUGUUAUAAAAUUUUACUUACAGCCUUCUGAAGCUUUCGAAAGACGUAUUCCAUUAUUGUAUCCGAACGAUGAUAUGGUGGAACCAACUCGAGGUCGUACAAUGGGUCCAAGUCAAGAAGAAUAUGUUGACAAUUUUUUGGCUUCAGUAACGCCAAACGUUGUUGA